AUGGAUUGGUCCGCUACUGGCCAUAAAAGGUUGUUAGAACUAAAUAAAAUGGAAGAAUUUAGGGCACAUGCAUAUGAAAAUGCUAAAUUGUUCAAGGAGAAGACCAAGCGUUGGCAUGAUAACAGAAUUAUGCCAAGGCAUUUUGAACCAGGGCAACAAGUGUUGUUGUUCAACUCUAGGCUUAAUUUGUUCCCUAGUAAAUUAAAAUCUCGCUGGUCAGGUCCCUUUGAAGUGGUUCAAACUAAUUCGCAUGGAGCUGUUAGUAUCAAAGACCUAAAAACGGCAAUCACAUUCAAAGUUAAUGGACAACGCUUGAAGCACUAUUGGGGUGCUCAUGUUGAUCGUGACAAGCAAUCCGUUGACCUCCGAGAUGUUUGA